UGCAGAGUGAACUGGAAGAGACCACAGCCAGGAGGCAGGCAGAAGGCAACGCCAUCAAGGCCACCAUAGUGCAGCUGGAGGAAGCAAAGGCCACCCUCGUGGCAGAGGUGUCGCAACCGAACAACAGGAGCAUGCAGCUGAACAUUCGCAUCUCUGGACUGGAGAACGAGCUGCAGCUGACGAAGACCACAACUGCCACGCUUCAGUCUCGGCUUUCUAUUCAAGCUAGCCACUUUGAAACGCUUCGCCAACAGCUCGCCGAGAAGGACCAGCAGAUUGCUGCACUUGACGAGAAGUCAGCUGCUUCUGAUGCCAUGAACCAGGAGCUACUCAAGUCAAACGCCGAGCUGAACGCAGCUUUACGAACAUCGGAAGUGGAAAGGGUGGCACAGGCCGAAAGGAUGCGUGAAGUCGUAGCAGAGAACAGGAAGCAUCAGGAUGCAUUGUUGCAACAGAAUUCAAAGCUGCUUGCUCUGGACACAACACUUAACAUUCUGGAGUUGAAGCUUACAGAAGCGGUUGCAAGAAGUGAAUUGCGGUCAUCCCAACUGUUAGUCCGCGAGGUACGGUGUGCAAAACUUGAGGAAGCCAUUGCCACGCUGCGCACUGAACUGGAGACAAGUUGGUACCGUUGCACAGAGCUGGAGCAACAGUUGAGUCAGGCUGGAUGCGAGAAAGAGUCUCAGUUAUCGCGACUUCUGGAACUACUAUAUGAGCUGAACAGUGCUACGGGCAGAGCAGACCAGCUUCAAGCACGGGCACAGGAACUUGAAGUGUCCAAGCAACAGCUGGACACACUCUGCUCCGAGCUUCAGCACAAGAGUGAGUGCCAAAACAGACAGACAGAGAAAGCUACUGCAGAAUGCGCCAAGCUUGAACAGUGCAUUGAGAAGAGCGCAGCUGAAAAGGCUGAGCUAGAGGUUCACUAG